UAUCUCUCUCUCUCUCUCACAGCAGUUUCGUUUCGUUUCGUUUCGAUUCAUCUCCCUCCUCUCACUUGGCCACCCCAUUUCUUCUUUCAAUCUGAUUUCAAUUUUGAUUUCGAUUAACAGUAUUUUGGGUUUAGGGAUAGGGUGGCUAUGUUUAACACACCAUUUGUUUUGUCAUUUGCUCUUUUGCUUUCAUUACCUCUUCUUUUCUUCUUUGCACCCAGAUUUCUACCCCCUAAACAUGCCCAAAUCUCCCUCCCCGACGAGCUUGACGAUCUCGCCCUCUUCCGCCGCGCCACACUUGCUUCCAUCCGCCCUGGCGGCUCCGCUGUAUCCCGUUUAGGAACCACCAAGUCCAAACCCAAAAUUGCCUUCUUGUUCCUUACAAAUUCAGAUAUCCAUUUUGCCCCGAUUUGGCAGCUCUUCUUCAACAACCACCUAGGACUUUACAAUAUCUAUAUCCACGCUGAUCCCUCCUCCAAAAUUACUCCUCCUGGUGGGGUAUUUGAAGGUCGUUUCAUCGCCGCGAAACGCACUCAACGCGCCACCCCUACUCUCAUAUCCGCCGAACGCCGCCUCCUCGCCACCGCCCUCCUUGACGACUCUUUAAAUUCCUACUUCGCCCUCGUCUCCCCGAGCUGCAUCCCGCUCCACUCAUUCCAAUUUAUGUAUAAUUCUCUAUUUAUCAAACCCAUCACUGAGUCCACGUCAUCAUCGUCCCAAAUUUCUACCCCUUUGUACCGCAGCUUCAUCGAAAUAUUACACGACGAUCCAUAUUUAAAGGAUAGAUACAUCUCCAGGGGCAAAGACGUAAUGCUACCGGAGGUACCUUUCAACCGGUUCCGGGUCGGAUCUCAGUUCUUCGUCCUGACCCGGCAACACGCAUUGGUCGUAAUCAAGGACAGGAGGCUGUGGCGGAAGUUUAGGCUGCCAUGUCACAAUCUAGAUUCUUGUUACCCGGAAGAGCAUUACUUCCCGACACUUUUGUCAAUGGAGGAUCCACAUGGGUGCACCCAUUACACUCUCACUCGGGUCAAUUGGACCGGAAGCACGGACGGUCACCCAUAUACUUAUGGACCCGCUGAGAUUUCAUCGAAACUUAUUCGAGAGCUCCGGGUGUCGAAUUCUAGUUAUUCUUUCAUGUUUGCAAGGAAAUUUUCUCCGGAUUGCUUGCAGCCAUUGCUGGAUAUAGCAGAAAAGGUUAUUUUCCGUGACUGAAACGAGUCGGGUUCAAAUGUGGAAUGGAUCUCUUUAAUGAAACUUGAAAGGUGAAAGGCUAAGUAGAAAGCCAAGCAAACAUGUGGCGGUUCAACAUGUACAUAGAAAGCAAUGUGAAUAAAGCGAUUCCCACUUGAGUAUCAAAUGGUGGCAUGGGCUUAGAGUGGAGUCGAGGAAAAGAGCAAUAAGGAAGCAAAGGCUCGUAGCUCAUUUCCCUCGUUUUUCUUUUUGUUGAAGAAAAUGAAAAGGAAUCUUCCAUUUGCUCAUCUAGCUGAACUACUACUAUGUUUUCUGUAUAUAUCAAUUUUAGUUUCCUUUUCUUCUUUCA